ACACUCCUUUCCCAAAAUCCAUUCCUCUUUUCUCUCUCUUCUGCCCUAAUUUUAAUUUUCCCACAAAUAUUUCAUUUUCAUUUCUCGUUUCCAAAUUAAACUCUCGAUAAUAUUCUUCAUCCUUCCACCCUGAUUCACACUUCAACCUAUUCUAAUUCCAUUCCUUCCGAAUCCUCUUCCACGAGGAAAAUUGUUGCUGGAAGAAUUGUAGACACGGAUAGCUGAUUUUGUUUAUAUGGGAUCAGAGAGUAUUGCUCCGAUGGUUGAGGCAUCAAAAAACAGGUCAUCUGGUAAAAUGAACCAAGGGAAAGUCCCAAAGAGAAUUCACAAGGCUGAAAGGGAGAAACUAAAGCGCGAACACUUGAAUGAACUCUUUCUUGAUCUUGCCAAUUCUCUUGAUCUCGAUGAGCAGAACAAUGGAAAGGCUUCUAUAUUGUGUGAGGCUUCUAGGCUGCUAAAGGACUUGCUAUGUCAGAUUCAGUCCCUCAAGAAGGAGAACGUCUCUCUGUUGUCUGAAUCUCAUUAUGUGACCAUGGAGAAAAAUGAGCUGAAGGAGGAGAAUAGUAGCUUAGAAACUCAAAUUGAGAAGCUUCAAGGCGAGAUACAGGCAAGAAUAGCUCAAUCUAAACCUGACCUGAAUGUAUCUCCUCAAUUGCAGCUUGAGCCACCUGAGCAGACAAAUUUUCCAGGACAGAGUCUCCAAUUGCCUACCAUAGAACCUACCAUUCCGCAAGGACCUGCGGUUUUGGUUGUCCCCUUCCGUCCCGAUCUUCAAGCUGCUUUUCCGGCUCCUAAUGUUGCCGAGCUCAUGCAAAAACCUACAUCUGUUAUCAGUAAACCACAUGCCAGGUAUCCAACAUCAGCUGAUUCGUGGCCAUCACAACUGCUUGGAGAGCAACCAACUUCAAGCUAAACAUGUUAAUUUCUAGGGUUCUAGUUGCAGUAUUUGUAUAACCAGCCAACUACCUUUUCCUAAUUGUAAUGCUGCUAUGGAACUGUGUAUAAAUUAUAUAUAUUUAAUGAUCUUAGAAAAUUUUACUCAAUUUUAUUUGUGCCUUA